ACUUUCACAGGCAGGUGUGGAGAAGCUACUACAGCCGGGGACGGGUCUGAACCGUGGCUGCUGCAGGAGCAGGAGGACGCGGGGUGUGCCUCCUUUAUUCCCCCGCAAGGAGAAGAGAAGAUAGGAGAGGCAUGCGGUAGCGGAGGAGCCCGAGGGAGCGGUGCACAAUACGAGGGACGACGGACAGCGCGCGCCUUCACGUUUUGGACGCUCGCCGAACAUGUCAUGGAGGGAGUUGGUCUUAAAGCAGGAUUUUCUCUGUGAGCAAACACGAGCUGAGGACCAUGUCGGAGCAGGGUUAUGGAUUGACUCUAUCUGCUGCACCCCCGCUUCGCAGAGGAAGCACCCCGCUACCAAUCAAACACCAGCUAAAGCGGGAGGAGGCGGUCUCGGAGGACUAUGAUUGGACGCCAGGCGUACAUGAGCCCGCCCAUCCACCGGUCAGCAGCAGUGACACCACCCAGGACACACCCCCACCCCCUAAACCUCGACCACAGAAGUACCACGGACCCCUGAGAAUCGUUCUGCUGGGGCAGAAUGGCGUGGGCAAGUCCUCUCUGGCGCUGUCUCUCGCUGGGCUGUCUGACAGAUCACUUUCCGUGGACUCUGAAACCCAAGCGAGCGAUGAGGGGUAUCAGCGGAGAGUGACCGUAGAUGAUGAGGAUAGCUCCAUCCUGGUGUAUGAUAACUGGAAGCAGGACCUGUCCACUCUGCAGUGCGAGGUGUGCAUCCUGGUCUUCUCGCUGACAGACAGACGUAGCUUCCACCGCGUGGCUCAGAUGCGCCUGCUGCUGAGGGAGAGCAUCCCAAACACUCCCAUCAUCCUCGUGGGCAACAAGAGCGACCUGGUGCGCUCUCGAGAGAUCAGCACGGAAGAGGCCCACUCCAGCGCGAUGGUAUUCGACUGCCUGUACCUGGAGUUGUCCGUCUCCCUGGACCACCGCACGAACGAGCUGCUAGAGGCGGCGGUCAGGGCUGCCCGGGGCCACAGCCUGGGGCCCGGCUGGACAGAGGGGUCCCCAGGAGCCGGCCGACGAGAAAGCCUGACCAGCAGGGCCAAGCGCUUUCUGUCCGGGCUGGUGCCGCGCUCCCACCACGGACGAGAUAGGGACCGGGACAGGGACCGAGAGCGAGACCUCAGCAGACACCGGGCCAGCAGGAUGCUGCGGCAGAAAUCCCGCUCAUGCCACGACCUCACCGCUCUGAUGUAAUGAGAGAGAGAGAGAAAGAGAGAAAGAGGACAGAUAAUGAGAGUGAGAGGACAGCAUGUCCUCAGUGUCCCCAACUAUAAAACACCUUCUUUUUUUCUUAUUUUGGUUUGGUUGGUUUUCAGAACUGACCAUAUCUGAGGAAGCAAUACUGAGAAUGUUCCACUUUUUAAAGGGAUAUCAAUGGAUUGAUUAAGAUAUUGAUGCAAAAUUAUAGUGAUAUAUAGUAUAAAGUGAUGGUGUGACUUUAGGAGAUGUACAGGGAGGAUGCUGCUCCUGUCUUGAACUUUAGAACCUGUCUCUGAGUGCUUUGAUGUAACAGGAAGAGAGGGUAAAAGAGCCAAUGGACAUUGAGGUAAGGAUGAUGUUUUUUUGAUGUGGGAAAUCCUUUAGUUUGACCCAUAUCGUCUGAAGACUAGACCAUUGGUACAAAUCAAACACUGUAGUGAAGGGCAGCAUUUAAAAGGCUCUAGACCAGUCAGUCAUAAAUUUAACACCACCUCCUUGUUUCUACACUUGUUGCACAUCUUUUGUCCAUUGGAAAAUGAAGUGUAACAGUGGGAUGGAGUGCUACAGACUAGUAGCUCUCCAGCCCAGAGGGUUGUUGAACCCAAUCGCAGAACAGUUGAUCUCAAAGAAAGUAAACCCAAGAAUAAUAAUAAACACACUGCUCCUCACGCAGAAUUGAACCCAUGUCGUCAGGGUCGCAGUCCAAUACACUACCACUGCCCCGGCUAGUGGCUUAGGACACGUCCGGGGAAAA